AUGGCCACCGUCGGGAUUCCCCCUUCGCUACUGCUGCUGAUCUUGGACGUACAUCCCACGUCAUGGUCGAUCCUAUCAUCGGGAUCACGCACCGCAAAGGAGCUAGAGGGUAGCGCCACGAUCAGCCGGGCUCCGGUGCAGAGUCUAGGUCUGGCCGAGUUCCUCAACACGCUCAUGAUAUGGCUCAAUGCGCACCUUGCAGCGAGAUGGGGCAACGAAGUGGUUGUAUUUGCCGCCGGAGCAGGGACAGCACGCCAGGUAUAUCCGUCUGGGCUCGCUGGACCGUCGAAUCUGAGGUCAAACGUCUAUCAACCUUUCAAUAUGUUGGACUUGGAGCUGGAGCGGGCGCUGAAAAGUGUCGAGCAGGAGGAGCAGCACCUGAAUGAUCCACCAUCCAUCGUAUCGGCUCUGACUAAGGCGUUGUGCUUCAUUAAUCGCGUCAUUCCGCAGGACAGUGCAGAGUCGGAAGUGGCGAACACGCCUGAUCGGCUGCAGCCUCGGAUCAUGAUCAUCAACGCGACGCCAUCGCCCACGGGGGAAGGGGAAGAUGGCGGAUCGCAGCGGGGAGGUUAUGUGGGGAUGAUGAAUUGCGUCUUUGCGGCGCAAAAGGGGAAAGUUCCUAUAGAUGUGUUGACCCUGCCACCGGAGGGCGGCGCUCCGAUCUUUCUUCAACAGGCAGCUCAUCUCACCGAAGGCAUCUAUUGGCGAUGGAAUGGGCGGGUGGGGUUACUGCAGUAUCUACAUGUAAGUGUGGGGUAGGUCAUGCCUCUGACCGUAGACCAUCUUUCUCGCCCCACCUGCAUUACGGCGCAAGCCAUUCGCAGUACUCCCGCAGGACGCCGUGGACUUUCGGGCGGUCUGUUUCUGUCACCAUGAUGUUGUCGAUGUGGGAUUCGUCUGCAGUGUCUGUCUGAGCAGUGGGUGCGUUAAGGCAAACGGAGCUGACAUUCAGUCUAUUGCAAGCCGUUGCCAGUGUGCCAGAUGUGCAAGUGGGUCAAGCAUUGGGGCCGGGGCUGACGACAGGACGAAAUUCCCCUUCAAAUCCUUAUCCCUACUAAAAGCCUUAGCCGCAGAUAUCCAACCGAUCCCCAUCCCGAAGACGAUAACGCGCGCAACGUGACUAGGAUGCAUCAUCAUGAGAGGAGCGAUGUC